GCUUGCUUUGUGUAGUGGGCGAGAACAUUGCAUCUCCUCAAUGCACAAGACCUCUUUUUUUUGCAUCAUGGAUGCAGUAAUUUUUUUGCAUGCUGCAGAUAAGUUAUCUAACCUGAGCUGCGUAUUUAUUAUUUUGCAUUAGUGCCGUCCCCACGUUAUUAGCAAUGCAUCGAGGUUAAAAGCAAAACAAUCUUUUUUUAAAAAAGGGAGAAUCGGUUAAGAUUUAUUUGGCUUGUUUAGCAGCGACCGAAAGGCUGUAAGCUCUCAGCUUGCAAAGUCCACCAAAUGCUGCAUUGUUACAACCUUUCUCAUUGUCUGCAUCCCCAGAGACCCGGAGGACCAUGUGAAGCAGGUUACCCCCCUUCGCCCCCCUCAUCCCUCUCCUUGCACCAAGCAUGGUGCCGCGGUGGCUGUGCCCCCGCUCCCGGCUGUCGCUUGGGGUAGCCCUGUGUGUCUUUGUCCUCUGCUGGCUCUACGUUUACCCGGUUUACAGGAUCCCCAACGAGAAGGAGAUCGUCAGCGAGAUCCUGCAGCAGGCGAAAUGGAAGAGGAACCAGACAGCCGUCGCUGGUUUCAGGCGACUACUGCAGCAAUGCUGUGACACACAGAAGCUCUUUGCCGUAACAAAGCUGAACUCUCCGAUGGGAAAGAGCCUUUGGUUUGAUGGAGAGUUCCUCUACUCACUCACUAUCAACAAGGAAAUCUUCUCCAUGUUUCCCCAGGAUACACCAUUCCAGCUACCAUUGAAAAAGUGCUCAGUGGUUGGAAAUGGCGGAAUCUUGAAGAAGAGUAAUUGUGGCAGCUUGAUCGACAAGGCGGACUUUGUCAUGCGUUGCAACCUCCCUCCUCUCUCCAGUGAAUACACCAGCGAUGCUGGCUACAGAACACACCUAGUGACUGCAAAUCCAAGCAUCAUCGAGAAAAGAUUUCAAAACCUUCUGUGGUCCCGGAAGUCCUUUGUUGAGAGUAUGAAGGUGUACGGUCGGAGCUAUAUUUACAUGCCAGCCUUUUCCAUGAAGACGGGAACAGACCCAUCCUUUCGUACGUACUACACCUUGUCUGACUUCAGUGCCAACCAAACCAUACUCUUCGCCAACCCAGACUUCCUGCGCAAUGUGGAGAAGUUCUGGAAGAGCAAAGGAAUCCAUGCCAAACGUCUGUCCACAGGUCUGUUCCUGGUCAGUGUCGCCAUGGGUCUCUGUGAAGAUGUAACCCUUUAUGGAUUUUGGCCAUUUUCAAUAGACCUGCAAGGGAACAUAAUUAGCCACCACUAUUAUGACAAUGUGAUGCCGUAUUCAGGCUACCACGCCAUGCCAGAAGAGUUUCUCCAACUUUGGCUCUUGCAUAAGAGCGGCAUUUUAAAGAUGCAAAUUGGUAAAUGUGCAGAUAGCCUGAUAUAAUCUUCAUUCCAGAAGAAGGGAGAUGAAAAUUUAUACAGGUUGCUGCUGUAUCCCUUUGGGUAGAAUCUAUCAACUUGCACUGACAAGAUAUUCCAUUUUAGUAUUGAAUACUUUCCUCGGAGAAAAUUGGUGACUGAGUUUGAAGGCAGAGCAUUCCCUCUUCAUUGCCACAAACUGUGAAUGGAUUUACUACAACAACUGACAGAGUGAGCCUGGUCUCACUUCCAACACAUGACCUGCACUGUGCCUGGAAUAUUAUGUUGAAAGGCGUAAUGAGAGACUGUUGGAGGGACGGUGUCAGUUUAUACUUUUACAAGGAAACAAACAUAGUUAGUGAAUGCUUAGGAGGUUCAAAGGAUGUGUUUCCAAAAGGUUGUGUGUCUUGCAGUUGUUGCUGAAAGAUUCUCAAGGAGCAUUGAAGCAUUGGUGAAAGUAUCACCAUGUUUCAGGACUUGUCUGUCGGUUUUACUGGAUCCAGGGUCAGUCUUGGUAUGCUCUGUAAUGGUGCAUGCAUUCAACAAAUUCAUAUGAGUUCUUUUACUCAUUUCUUUUUUGUUCUUAGGAAUUGUUUUGCAAGCAUUUCAAUCACUGUAAAGGAAUUAGCUUUGUACUUUUUAAAGAAAAUGGAUCUUUUUGAACCAGCAUAAACGAGUCAAUCUCAAUCAGUUUUGCCUUAACUUUGCAGAUACAGAAUAGACUUCCACCCUUUGUGUUGGUCUAUGAAUUUUAUCAUGUCGUUCCAUUAUGAUUUCCCUUUUGUUCUAAUAUGGUCUCAAAGGUACUGUUGAUACAUCUGAUGAUUUUUCCCACAGUGGACAUGCUAUUGAACACAUAGAAAAAGACAGAAGCCCAUUAAUGUAAUAAUUUACAAAAAAACUGACAGCAGUUGAAUGCAUUUGUUUACUGAAUGGACUAAACAUCACAGUUUGGGACUUCAAAUGUUUUUUUUGUACCUCUCUCUGACAUAGGAAAGGCAAGAUAAUGAUCCGAGUGUAGGGGCUUGCUUGAUUGGCAUUCAUACUGGAGAUGGAACGGUUGAGAGCAACUUUGUGAUCUCCACAGCUAUGUAGUGGGGAUCACAAAACUGCUCUCAUCAGUUUGUACCAGCUCACGGGAGUACAGAGGGCAGAAUUACUCCGUACACUUAACAAUCAUGCAGUCUAUAUAUUGAACAAGUUAUAUUUCAGACCAAGAGUGGGAGUUAAUUGUUUCAACUCAUAUGGUAGGUUGGUAGAACAAAUCAUUGAUCUCCUGAUUUGAACCUGUGGCAGUCUUGCCUUUAAUUUUCUACCAGGUACCUCUGAUAAGAAAGAUUUGUGGGUGUAACAGCAGAGGUAAGAGUUGUCUGUCUGGUGUCAAUUUUUUUUUUAAGUAUCUUUUCUGACUCAGGUUUAAAGCUAUUUCCAAUACAUUUCUCCUUCAGUAUGGAAUUCUUUGUGAUAAUAUUUCAAAGACAGGUUACUAUUUUCUUUGUAGCAAAUCCAUGCCAAAUUCUGGGAAUAUAAGAGUUUCAGAAGCACUGUAUAUCCCUUCCAGUAAAGCUAAUUUGCCCUCACUUCACUAUUUUCUCAUGUUGCUACAGCGAAUGGAAAGGAAUAUGGGAGCUUUAUAGUGAGACAUACAGGUUUUGGGAUACUGGAUCCUUGCGACAAAUACACUUGCAUGGAUGUUUCUGAGGAAUUCUUGAUUUCACGAAACAGGUUUUGACUUUGCAAAACUUGUUGCCAAUUUGUACAUAAUUAAGAAGAAUAAGAUAAUCUGAAUGGUUUUGUGAACUUGUAAUUUGGACAAGUUGUACUUAAAUAUUCACUAGAAUCCAUCACCAAACUGCCCAGUUAACACAAGUGCAUUUGGCAUCUCUGGUAUGAAGAGCUUUUUGACUUGAAUUGGGACAGGAAGUGAUUGUUAGACUUUAAGUCCAGAUUGGUAUAAAAGUUCAAUCCCAGGGGACGGUUAGGAAUGUUGUGUUUUUAACUCGGAAACCUGCUGCUUUCCAAGCCCUACUCUCAAUCUCCUAUGUCACUGAGUAUGGAAAGUGGCAGGAAUUGGGCUGUUGGAUGGAGCAUUGUCAAAAAGGAGAAUGCUUCGCUCCUGGUCAGAAGUCAGUCCCAACCUCUGAAAGCUUCCUUCCUGCUUGCUAAAAUGGUGACGUUUUAGAAAGGAAGUAUGUGACCCACCAUGGCUCAUUGUGUGGGGAAAAUCCUAUAAAAAGAGAUAAACUAGAGGCUGCAAACUAAAUAAAAUAGGAGCAAGCCCUUGUGCGUCGAUAUAAUAAUGUCACAGAUUGUGAAUGGUAGGUGGGUGUCAUUCGAUGUGUUGUCUAUUAAGUGCUUAUGUCAAAAGCCUUGUAGUCUCUUUGAAGGUUUUAGAAAUAGAUCUUGUGGAAAGCUGUGGAUGAGUAGCAUAUCCUGUGGGGGAUGGUUGAAUAACCUGGCUUAAACAGGGUCAAAUUUAACCCAUUGAAACGUUGGGGAAAAAAGUGUUUAAAAAAAACUCUAAAUAUCCAUGUCUUUGUCCCUAUUGUCAUUAUAGCUUCCGGUUAGCAAAGUAACUGCAAAUUGUGCGUGGGAUUCUAUUCCUUCACUGUGGGUCCAAACAGUAUUAAUGUGAGAUAAAACAGAAAAACACAGAGGGAAAAUACUCAGCAAGUCAGGCAGUGUCUGUGGACGGAGAAACAGAGUUAUUGUUUCAGUACAAUGACCGUUCAUCAGAACUCUUAAUGCGUGUGCCAGUAGUUCUUUAUAUGCUGAGCUCUAGUACUUAAUUUCCUUUUAAAAGGGGCAAUUAACAGUGUUGUGUGUGCUGUGUUGACAGUAUGUGUAUGAGCCAAAUCUUGCAGCAGUAUAACGCUGCAUCUUGAGAAUACUUUAGCUACUUGGCUGUUCUUUAUUGAACAGCUGACAUGAUUUGACCUGGUUUCCUAUCUGGCUACCUCAGGUGUGUGUAUACGACUUCUAACUGCCUUAAUUAUUCUUCUGUCUGAAAAAAAUGGGAGCAAUCCGAUGGAGAAUAGAAAGGAAAAAGGCCAGAUUUUAAAGGCCGAGAUUUGAAUUGGAUGAUUUUUAUGAUUGUGAAGCAGUUAAUUUAUGGUGCGUUCCUGUCAGAAGGAAUGUAAUACCUGUUCAACAACAUAAAAGAGCUUGAUUCUGGUUCCAACUUAUGUACAACAAUGUAGUUACAGACUGAUUCUAUUAAGACUGAAUUCUGAGCAUUUUCAGUGUCCAGUAGAUUGUUCAUUAUUAAAUUGGUCAUUUGAGUUCUCUGUCUCCUUUAUUCAGAUUUAUAAUUCUAUUUUCUUUUACGUUUGAGUGUAAACAUACAAGCCAAUUUUAUUUUAAGUCUUAAUAAGUCCAGUAAUAGUUUAAUAGGUAAUGUCAUGUUUUAAGUCUCUCGAGUUCAGUCACUUUCACAAUAGAGAUAUAAGGCUUUAACAGCUGACAUUUGCACAUAUAAUCCUUAAUAGUUUCUUAAUAGGAAUUUCUGUUUUAGGACAAUGCAGCUUUAGUAUUUUCAGUGCUUUAGAUUUGUAAAUCAGAAGACACUAUUGUAUUUUAUUGAGUUUUUGAAAACCUCCGUCACAACAGAGACAAGGAAAUUACUGCAGCACCAACACAAAAUGGGUGUCCAAUUGUCAGGCAUAUGACUUUAUUGUGAACAACGCAAUCGCUGUCUGAUUGUGACCAAUUUUUAAAUGUAGCAUGUGGAUAAAAAAAACAAGACUGUAGCAUGAUGUGUUAAUGUUUUCCCUGUUCAUUUCCCCGAUAUUGUUUCUGGAAUUUUAGACCCCAUUGUAACCUGGAUCGUUUUAUAAUAUUUGUGUCAGUACGUCUUUUGAGAAGUAUGUACAGUUGGAAAUGAAACUGUAAUUUCAUGUGCAACCAGGGUGAACACUGCAUGCCAAGCAGAAGCUGCAGUGUGAAGCCUGAGUCCUGAGCUGCUGUUGUGGAUGUGAACACUUUUCAGAAGGGAGACUUCACAUUUAUUUUAAUGCAAAAUUCUUCAUAAGAGUAACAGCAAAGAUUUGUAUUUGCCGCAGGGCUUUAUUUAUGUUUGAGUUUGAUGUUUUACACAGAAUAUUGUUGAUACCGAAAUACUUUUGAUGGCGUCUUAAUUUAAAUAAGUUCUAUUUCAAAACUGAUGCCUGUAUUUUAAUGUUGUUCGUUUACUGCCUGCAGAAUUCUGACCGUCCUUCAUGUAUAUUCAGUAGCCUCAAAGGCCAAUCAGACUUUCCAGCUUUAGCUUUAAGGGCCAUGUUAGCCUGGUAACUUACUGAGUGCCAUGUUAUUUUACAGACAAUUGAUACCAGAAAGGAUUUCUUUCCAGUUCUGAGCCUUGAACUGCAGCCAAAGUUUGAAACUCUCUCGUCCACCACCCCUGGGAUCCGACUAGUGCCAGACCACUGGACCAGAGACAUUGCUCAUGAUCAUCCUCCUCUGAACAGGAGAACUGUUCUGUUUAAGGAUAGACACUUCCUGGGUCAUGUUAGGGUUCCGAGAACUCAAAGUUUCCAUAAAUUGAGAUCUGCUGAGAUAGCGGAGAUCACAAAAGUUGCACUGAUAGGUUAAUUAGCUACAGCAGAUCUGUACUACAGAUUUAAAACAUGACAGACCACAGGAGUUGCUGGACCGCAGAAUACCGUACUAGAGAGUUUCAACCUGUAUCUCAACUGCUUCUGCUUGAUUUGGUUCGAUAUCCUUACCACCUUUCCUUUCUGACCUGAUGUAUCGCUUACAGUUUGAAACUUUCAAUUGAUUCGGAAGAGAGAGUUACAGAAAUCCCAUACCCUUUGUGUGAGCCUACACUUUCUGCCAGUGGCUUUAAGUUGCCAAGCCCCGAUUUUAAGCUUCUACCCCCUUGUUCUGGACAUAACCUUUAGCUAUCAAUUAUUUGCUUCAGGUUCCACCCCAUACUCUGCGGCUGGUGGAUUUAAGCCAUGUAUUCAAAGGGACUAAAUGCCUGUGUUAAAAGAGUGAAGAGGAAUUUAACCAGUCGAGAGUAAGUGCAGUAACGUUUCCCUCAGUUAUUUUCAGGCUCACCUCUGCUGGUUCAUGAUACAAUGAUCACCAGCAUUUAUGUGAGAAGGUGACUUAGCUCCAGCUUCAACAGAUAUCUGCCCCAAUGUAAUGGCAAACAAUGGUUACCGACUGAACUUUAUAUGGAAGUUUUUAUGGAUUCAAAAUUCUUACUGGUUUGGGCCUUGUAGCUGUUGGUAGG